UCGGAAACUUUACGGCCAUGCGACGGCGAUGAUUAAAAGGUCUACCAGUCGCUAAGCUGUUGGGUUUUAACGUCAAGUAUAUGACUCACUCAAUUAUAACCGAGAGAAUGCACGGCGAUCCGUUCCGGACAAAAGCUACACAGUCCGCAGACAAUGAAAGCAGACUUGUCUCCAACGUUAACAAUUUGCGUGUCUGAAUGCAUCUGCUUCCGUUCUAAUCCAUGUCAAAGUCUCUUACUGAGGACUUUGAACCGCAGGACUUCGCCCGGCGGGGUAUCAAGUUUUCGUAAGUCCCUCACGCCACCUCCUUAAUUGCGGUACCUAUUGCGGGUAGACUUUGAGCUCGCUAUCCCACGACCGCAGAUAUGGUCCAUUAUUUGGAAUAGACAACACUAUAAAAAUACCCAGGAGACGGGAGGAGGAGGAGGAGAGAGGGUGGACGUAAUACGCACAGAAAUGCGUCUCAGCCUAACAUUGGAGAACAACGGCUCCGUCGCAAGGGACCACCUAGCCUCCGAGAGGACAUUCCUCGCAUACGUGAGAACCUCCCUCGUCCUAGCCUCUACCGGCGUCGCUCUCGUACAGCUGUUCUCCAUCGCAACCCGUACCGCGUCGUUCUCCCCAACGAGCGCUAUCAUGCAAGGAUACGCCAGACCCCUCGGAGCCACGACAGUCCUCUUGGCGUUGGGGAUACUGGGCGCAGGCGUGUCGAGGUUCUUCUCCGUUCAGGCAGCUCUCACGGAGGGUAAAUUCCCCGUCGCGCGUACAGUGGCCAUCAUCAUCACCGGUUGCAUGGCAACGCUCGUCGCAUUGCUGUUUGCUUUCGUGUUGGCUGCGAGGACAUAAAAUUCGGCAACAUGCUUUGCAAAAAUUUACCAUGUUAUCAGAAUAAUUUUUUGUAGUAUCUUCAUGUACACAACACCUAUACGCGUACGAAUAUGUACUACGCAAACAGGAAAACAGGAAAUCUGGUAUUGACGGGUAGUAGGAUUCCUUAAGGAUUCAUAAUCAGCUGAUACCAAGCCCUUAUGGCGUAGUGGUAGCGCGUCGC